AUAUUAUGAGUAUUGGGGAAAUGAGGCAUGCGUAUUUCAACUACCUAUCUAAGUCCUAAUUUAUUAGCAACUUCGUUAUACGAAGGAGGAACAUCAUCUGCCAAACUUUUAUUAGUAGUUGGACGAGAUUGAGGCGUUUGUGGUCUUGAAGAGGUUGAUGUUGGAUUUAUAUUCGAUAUAUUAGGUAUUUAUUAUUUGCUCUUCUAAAGGUGCAGAAGGAGAGUUCGAUGGACGAUGAACAUGGAUCGUGAAAGUCACUCCACCAGUUCCAUUUACAUUUGAAGUGGUCUUGUUGUUUGCUGA